AUGUCUCCUCCGGGAUCAAUUAGCAACCUGGACUGGGAGCCUAGCUUCGACACAAUUGCUGUGCAUGGCGGACAAGAGCCUGAUCCGAUCAACGGCGCAAGAGCUGUACCCCUUUACCAGACUGCUGCGUACAACUUUUCUGACGCAGCUGAUGGAGCAAGCAAAUUUGCCUGGUCUCGAGACGGAUAUGUCUAUACGCGUAUGGGCAAUCCCACCAACACAGUUUUUGAGAACCGAAUGGCCAUGCUGGAGGGUGGCGUUGGAGCAGUGGCUACCGCAUCUGGUCACGCAGCGCAGUUCAUGGCCUUGACCCAAUGCUGUGAACCCGGUCACAACUUCAUCAGUACUAGUUGGCUAUACGGUGGCAGUUUCAACCAAUUCCGUGUGUACUUGAGUAAGUUUAAGAUAAACGUCAAAUGGGUGGUCGGAAACGACCCCGCGAAAUUUGACGAAGCAAUCGACGAGAACACGCGAGCCAUUUAUAUCGAGACAAUCAGCAACCCGAAACAUAGCGUUCCGGACAUUGCAGCACUUGCCGCCGUGGCCCAUAAGCAUGGCAUUCCCUUGGUUGUCGACAACACUUUUGGUAUGGGCGGAUAUCUAUGCCAGCCUAUCAAGCUUGGAGCUGACAUCGUUACACACUCCGCUACGAAAUGGAUCGGUGGCCACGGAACUAGCAUGGGCGGUAUCGUGAUCGAUGGCGGACACUUCGACUGGAGUGCAUCGGGAAAAUUCCCUGGCUUCACAGAGCCCGCCGAGGGUUAUCACGGCAUGCGAUUCUGGGAGACGUAUGGAAAGAAGGCAUUGUCAGCUAAAGUGCGAAUGGACAGCAUGCGUGAUCUUGGCCCUUGUAUGAGCCCCUUCAAUGCCUGGCUAUUCCUUCAAGGACUAGAAACGCUCCCGCUUCGAGGUCAGAGAACUGUUGAAAACACACAGAAGCUCGCAGAAUGGCUCGAAAACCACCCCUGUGUCAACUGGGUGUUAUACCCGGGUCUGAAGUCGCAUCCUGACUAUGAAUUGGCACAGAAGGUUAUGCCGAAGGGAGCAGGUGGCGUCCUGACUUUCGGUGUGGCUGGACAAGUUGAGCAAGUCCGUGCCGUGGUUGACAAUCUCAAGAUGGCUAGCCAUUUGGCCAACGUUGGAGACUGCAAGACCCUCAUCAUUCACCCUUGGGUAACUACACACCAGCAGAUGCCCGAUGACGAGAAGAUCAAGGGUGGCGUGACGCCCGACCUUCUGCGUGUCAGUCUGGGUAUUGAGGAUUUUGAAGACAUCAGGCGCGAUUUCGAGCAGGCAUUCAAGGCUGCCGGCCUUGAGAAGGCAAACAAGAGCGGCAUAGAUCCGUUCCAGACGGCCAUGAACCUCGUCAGUGGAGGAUUCAUGGGCAAGCUAGCUACGGGUGCUCCGCGGCCCGGUACGGAUGGAACCAUACAAUCUUGA